AUGGGUACUGUCUACAAGAUCACCAAACAGCUCAGCGGAAGCCACAACAACAACCAUUCUGCUCCGGUGAAAGACAGGAAUGGCAACACCAUGUCCACAGAGUGUGAGCAAGCAGCACGGUGGGUUCAGCACUUCAAGGAGGUCCUUAACCACCCUGGCCCCAGUGAACCAGCUAAUUCCACACCCACAGAUGGUAUCCUGGACAUCAACACAGAUCCGCCCACCAGAGAGGAAGUCAGGAAUGCUAUCAUUGCUAUGAAGAACGGCAAAGCUUCUGGCAUUGACAACAUCCAUGCAGAAAUGCUGAAAGCUGAUGUUGGCAUGGCCACAAACUUGCUGACUGACCUCUUCAGUACCAUCUGGGAGAAGGACACGAUACCAGACGAUUGGACAAAGGGUCUCAUUUGUUAUCCUGGACAAUACCCUGACGGAGUGGUUCCCAGUGGAUUCAGGUGUACGUCAAGGCUGUAUCUUGUCCCCAAUUCUCUUCCUUGUAACCAUCGACUGGGUCAUGAGAAAGACAACAUCCGACAAACCCAGAGGCAUCCAGUGGACUCUCCUAUUAUAUCCCAGCCAGAAGACCUUGACUUUGCCGAUGACCUAGCCCUCCUGUCCUCCAAACACAGCCAUCUCCAGGAGAAGACUGACCGUCUGAGUAGCUUUGCUGCACAAGCGGGACUUGCCAUCAGCACCAUCAAAACCCAGGUCAUGUGCAUUAACAACAGUACGACAGCACCUAUUACCGUCAGUGGGAAACCACUUGAGUCUGUCGACGACUUCACAUAUCUGGGCAGUCUAAUCAGCAAAGACAACGGGGCUCAGAAGGACAUCAGGGCAAGACUUGGCAAGGCCCAGAGUUAA